GUGCUCAGCACUCAACACACAGUGAAGUAAAGUCAUAUGCCCAGGCUCUGACUUCACCUGGUCACUCUGUGUGCAGCUGCUUCUUCAUACAGAGCCUUCUAGAAUCAUGCUUUUCAAGCUUUAAUGUGCAUAUGAAUCUGCUGGGAUCUUGUUAGCAUGCAGAUUGGUCUAAGGAAUCUGGUUGGCCUCAGACUCUGUAUUUCUGACAAGUUUCUGAGUAAUGCCAUUGCUGCUGGUCUAGGGCUGUGUUUUGAGUAGCUUCUCCAGUCUCUUCCCUGGUGCCGUCACUAGGACGUGCCUGGCUAGCAUCAGAGCUGGUUGCUCCGAUUGCCACUCAGAGUCUUCUUGCUUAUCUUCCCUCCUCUGCUCAAUAUCACCUACUUAUCCGCCACCUGAAGUUGGACUCCAGAAAAAAGACACCAAUGAUGAGACUGUGUAUCUCCCUCCACGCUUGCUUAUGAUUCUUGCAGGACUGUUCGUGGGCUGAGACUUCAGCAGGGUUGAGACCCAGCCCAGGGUGUGGGCUCCAUGGGAGUGGGCCAAGAAGGGGACCUGGCUUCUGUGCUGCCUUAGGCCUGCUUCUCAGAGGGCUGGGUCCAAGAGGCCAGAACCAUGUAGAGAUCUGACUUGAUACCUAAGAAGGAAUGCUUUUUGUUUUCCAGAAGAGGGUCUUGCGGAUGGCCCCGCUACCUGGGGCAGAGCUGAUCCAGAAGCCACGACAGCUCUACCGAUACUUGCUGCGUUGUUGCCGGCAGCUGCCAACCAAGGGCAUCCAGGAGCAUUACAAACAUGCUGUCAGGCAGAGUUUCCGAGUUCAUUCAGAUGAAGACAACCCUGAGAGAAUCCAGCAGAUUAUUAAAAGAGCCAUUGAAGAUGCUGACUGGAUCAUGAACAAAUAUAAAAAACAAAACUGAGACUCUAGAGCCCAAAGUGAAGCUGUCCUAGAGACAUUUAAAAUCCAGAGGUCUCUCUUCUCCUGGAGCCAGUCAGCAGCAGCAGUUUUGGAAUAUUCUUUGGCCCUAUUGGCUUAGAGAACAAGAAAUCAGGAGGAAAAAGCUAACAUCCGCUCAGACAGCUCUUCUCUCCACGGUCAUGUUUCCAGCAUCUUUUAUGUUUGCUCUUCCAGCUAGUCACGAUGUGAAAUUUGGGGAGAAUAUGGUGUUUUUUUGUUUCUUUUGUGUGUUUUUCAUUUUUGUUUUUUUAUUAUUUUACUUUGCUCUGAAAGUGAUUCAUUUAUUCUGGAGGUCUCUCUACCAUUCCCUGAGCCCCACAUCAGAUCUCCCCACAGUUGGCCGCUUGCACAGAGGAAAGCGAGUGGGCUUGAGAAGCCGACAGAUCUGGAUCUGAAGCCCAGCUCAGCAGCUUUUCUGGUGACUCGCCUUUGAGAUUGGUUUCCUCCUUGAGGAGGAUUAAAUAAAAUGGAGUUGAAGUGCCUAACGUAGGAUAUGGUACCUGCCAAUAAAUGUCCCUCUGAGGAAGCUGUUCUGCGCAGCCCCUUCCCUUCC